AUGCUUGGGUACCUCGGAAUCUUGGCCAUUUUCUCCCAAGUCCCAAGCGCAUUUUCUCAACCCCCGGUCCGGUUAAAUCUGCCCCAAGGCGAAAUUGUCGGCUUCCACGUGGAUUACGGUAGCGACACGAGCCAAUUAUAUUACGGUCAAGGCGACGUUUUCCUCGGAAUACCGUAUGUCCAGCCGCCGGUAGGAAAUCUGAGGUUCCAGGUUCGUUGGGUGGAUUUGAAUGAGAAUAGGUUCAGAUUUCAGAAACCAAGGCCUUUGGAGAAAUUCCCGGGGAACUCACCUUACAAUGCUACUUAUUACAGGUAAUUCGGGGAUUUUUCUUAAUUCCUCAUUAGAAAUUUCAGGCCAGCAUGCCCCCAGUUCGACAAUUUUGGAGCUCUGAACAUUUCUGAAGAUUGCCUCCAGCUGAACGUCUUCACGCCGUCGGUCAACAGCUUGUUCGGAUAUCCGGUCAUGGUUUGGAUCCAUGGCGGGGGGUUCGUGUCGGGUUAUGCCGAGUCGAAUUAUUAUAAGGUUCCGACAAAAUAAAUAAGCUGGAAUUUUGAGAUUUCAGGGAGCGAUUCGGAACCUUGUAUCCCAUGGGGUGGUCAUUGUGACGAUCCAAUAUCGACUAGGAUUAUUGGGAUUUUUCACGACCCAUUCCCCGGAAUUUCCUCCAAACUUGGGACUUCUUGACCAGGUUGGAACUAAGGCCCAAGUUAGAUCAAAGACGGCCUGAAGAGAUGGCAGACAGAGAAAGAAAGUCGGGUUUCUCUGGUGUCUCUUCUAAUCUAAGCCACUCUCAGCUUUAGCUUCUUUAAGAAGAUUUUGAAGAUAACAAUCUUCAGGAUGGGAUAUGAAAAAAAUCAUAGGAUUAAAGUGAGCGAGAGAUCAGAUGACUUGAAGAGACGUUAGAGAAAGAGAGUGUCUUUUUCUCUGGCGUCUCUUCAUGUCGCUGUUGAUCUUUAACUUGUAAGUUUUCAGGUGGAAGCUCUGCGUUGGGUGAAAAACAAUAUAGCCCAUUUUGGCGGGAAUCCGAACCAAGUGACCAUUUUUGGACAAAGUGCCGGUUCCUGUUCCGUUUCGGCCCAUACUUAUUCGCCUUUGAGCCGGAGUUGGUCUUUUUUUCGGUUUCUAGAAAAAUUGUCUUGUAAAUCAUGAUUUUUUGAAGCUUUUUGGCUCAAAUUUUGCCUCGAAAACUCCAAUUUCCCUCGGAAAAAUGGGAUUUUCCAGGCCUUGCUAUUUAUUUUUCCUUCAAGCCUUAAUUAGGUCAAUUUCUACGAAAAAUUAGCCUUACUCCAAAAAAUUCAAAAUUUUCAGAACUUUUUUCAAAGUUUUGUUAUUCACGUUCCAAUCAAGCUUUUCAGCUUAUGAAUUUCCUGAAAACCUUGACCACUGCCAAAGUCUGAAAAGCUGAAAACGGGUUCAUAAAGGGUGCAAAAAAGGGUGCAAAAAGGGGGCAAAAAGGGUCCAUAAAGGGUGCAAAAUGGCCGCUAAAAGGGUUCCGUUGUACGGCCUUUAUUGAGCCUUUCUUGGUGGGUAAAAAAAGGGUGCGAGAAGGGUGCUGAAAGUCUCGGCCAUUGAUUAUUUCCGAUUUCAUUACUGUAGAACAUUUUGGUUCAUACACAGUCACUGGUAUUUCUCUAAAAAAUUUUCUCAAAAGGGUCCAAAAAGGGUUCAAAAAAGGUUCAAAAAGGGUCUGAAAAGGGUUCAAAAAGGGUCCAAAAUGGGUGGAUAAAGGUCGAUGAAAGGACGGAAAACGGCAGUAAAAAAGGAAACCGUUGUCACCCGUUUAGGAACAGUUAGUGGAAACCUUGAGAUCCAUAACAGACCCUCGAAGGGCCCCUAAAGGAUCCUUCCGACUGUGCCAAUAAAAAUCGCGAUUUUCAGACCUCUUCCACGCCGCAAUCAUGGAAUCCGCCACGGCUUUGACUUGUUUCGAAGGCGCCUUAUCCUUCUCGAAUCACUCUUAUCGGAGAGCCCAAGCUGUAAGACUCCGAAAAUAGCAUCUUCAUGAUAAAAUCGUUCAGUUGUGCAAUACAACUGCGGAUGAUUGGACGAGAAAUCGAUUCGGGCCCCUGAAAGCGUGUCUGAUGGGAAUGGACUUUCGAAAAUGGACCCCGUUGGAUUUGGUGAUUAUUUUCAGGGCGUUUCGAAAAAUGAAGGGGGCGGGGCCGCCAUUCCCAUGUGACGUCAUGGGAAAAAAGCGAAAACAACAGGGAAUAUUAAAGGCGCAUGUUCAAUGGGUCAUGUGACGAAUCGCUUUCUCAUUCUAUAAAAACGCAAUUUUUCGCUUCCUGUGUUCAAAAUGACUACGCGAGCAGCCGCCAUAAAGUGAAAAAUACAACUGAAUUUCAGAAAUUCAGAGAUGAUUUUGAAUUUCGCGAUAAUUAAUUUGAACACGGUCUGUGCCAGAGCGCCGCAGUGCAUGCACACUACACACCACACUUUACGCAAAAAGUGUAGAUAGCGCUCCGUAAAAAAGCCGUUUUUGUAAAAUUGCAUGAAUAUUCUUGAAGUUUUUUAAUGGGAUGAUUAUAACAUGAAACACUUUGAAAGCGGUGUUUAUCUUUGAAAUUUGCUUAAAAAUCUGCUGAUUCAAUAUUAAAUACAUACUGCGUUCGAGGGUUUUGCUUAGGAACGCAAGGAUGGUCCCUAGAGGGUUUAGGGGAAAAGCUUCUAUAGAGGACUAAAUAGGGCUCCCUAGAGGGAUAAAAAUUGAAGAGGUCCCUAUAGAAGUUUAGUAUCUGAUUCGUAAGCCCCUAAAGCUUAAGUGAUCCCUAGAGGCGUUUUCUAGAAUGGCUUCUUCUCAGAGAGUCACCUCUAGAGUGGCCACUUUUGGAAGCUGUAGUGCCCCUAUAAGGGUGCCUUCAAGCACUCCUAAAGUUGCCCCUCCAGGGAUCCCUAAGCAAUCGCUUGGGCUAUAAAAAUAUACUGUAAAAACGAUUGAACCUCUUUUUUUCACAUUUUUUUUGAUGUCAGGACCUUUUUCAAUCCUUCUUCAAUUUCCCUUUUUACCAGGGCGUCCAAGAGAUUUACGGUUGGAAAAUGUCCCAGGACAGCAAUUUCAUGCCCGGAGUUCCUUUGGACCUGGCCAGAGACCGCAAAAAUAUCCCCAUUAUGAUUGGAAACGUCGCCAAUGAAUACACUAUUUUUGGUUUGUUUUGCACCUUUUUUUAAAAAUAUGAUCUGGUUGAUUUUAUAGAUAUCAUCUUGAUAUCGUCAGGCCAAGCGACUUUACAAAAUUACACUCGGCAGAGUUUUGAAAAUGUCCUGAAAAAUUUCGCCUCGGCCAUGGGAGAACACCUUCCCGACGUGACGUGAGCGUAAUCUGGAGCUUCGUAAAUUGGAAUUUUUCCAGGAAGAUUGUGGAAAAAGCCUAUGUGCCCCCUGGAACAACGGAUGAUGACCACGACGCUUGGGUUGAGAUCAAUGAUAGAGUAAUUUUUUUUUCUCGGAAAUUUGCUGUUUUCCAAAUAUUUGCCCUGGGUUAGGAGAUUUUUGAAAAAAGGUUUGAUUCGAAAAUUACAGGCAGAAGCUUUGAAAACUAAACUGUAAUGGAAGUGUAAAAAUGAGUGAGUUUUGACAGUUUGAAAAAAAAAAGAGGAAAAAAAAAAUGAAAAUUCGAGUUAAGGGGAUAAAUCCAGGCAGUAUGAAGUAGUUAAAAUGAAAAAAAUAAAAAUAUUCAAGUUCAAAAAAAUUGGUAGCCGUUGGAAAUUUUUUUAAUAAUAUAUUAUCGGUUUUUUUGGAUUUUUUUAGGGUACAGAAAAAAAUUGAUGCUCUUUUUAUACUGAUUUGAAUAAAAAAAUCGUAAUUUUUUUUGUUAAAUAUUGAGUUUUCCAGCUUAGAAAGAAGAUAGUUGCAGGUGUAUUUUUUUCGAACUUUUUCUUCAAUUUUUCGAAGAUGUGAAGAUUCCUCUGAAAAAAACGUUCCAAUUUCAUUUUCUGGUUUUUUUGAGAUAUAAUGAUUUUUUUGAGAGGCACAAAAUAACCCAAAAAAACGGCAUUUUUUUCUAAAAAAAGGAAAAAAAUUUUGGUUCUUGUACAAAAAUUUGAUCUGAAAAAAAUUUUAAAAAAAUUAAAAAAAGUUUUGAGCGAGUCCAUGCAGUUUCUCGGAGAUACUGGAAUCUGAAAAAAAUUGUAUUUUUUUAUUUCGAGUUUCCAGGCCUUCACUGGAGGCGGCUUUACCGGUUUCACGGCCCGAGAAGUCGAUUGGUGGCUGGCCGGGGGAAAUCAACAAGUAUACCUUUAUGAAUUCGCCGACGCCAAAGAUACCGCCCCAGUCGUUGGAGCUCCUCAAAUCCCCGGGUGGAAACGUAAAAAACUACAAAAACUUCUUUCAAAGUCAUUUUUCGACUUCCAGCCGUCCCCCACACGUCCGAAGUCUACUACAUUUGGAUGAACGGCGAUAUUUGGACCAAUAAAACGAGACAAGAUUUGACAAGUUCACAAGUUGGGCUCUUGGACUGGAUGGGCGAGACUUGGACCAAUUUCGCCAAGUUUGGGUGAGAUUGGAGGGGCUUUUUGAAGGAAGGAAUUUUCUCGAAGAAUACCGAGAUUGGACGGUUUUUGGCGACCGGUUCCCUCCAGGGACCAACUCGACUAUUUAUUGAUCGGCAAUGGAACUCUGGACAUGAAACCCAAUUUCCGGCAUACUGAUGUCACUAUUUAUGAUAAGGUGAUGCGGGGUGAAUCGAUGAUUUUCUGGGAAAUACGCUACUGUUGGGUAGAGGUGAGGGAUGAAGGUGCUUAGAAGAGACGCCAGAGAAAAAGAGAUCUCUUGCCUGUCUGGCGUCUCUUCAAGCCGAGCUGUUCUCUCCUUCACACCCAAAAAAUCUUUAUUCAGAUCAAGUUGAACAUUGAAGCACAUUAAAUAAAGAAAGAAUAGGUCAGAGAACAGGGAGGUAUGAAGAGACGCCAGAGAAGGAGAGACUUUCUGUGUGUCUGGCGUCUCUUCUGGCCAAACUGCUCUCGCCUUUACCCUCAGAAAAGCUUUUAGAGAGCAGUUAGAACAUUAAAGAACAAUUAAUAAAAAAAAAGAAGAGGUGAGAGAACAGGGAGCCGUGAAGAGACGCCAGAGAAAGAGAGGUUUUCUGUCUGUCUGACACCUCUUCAGGCUGAGCUGUUCUCUCCUUUACACUCAAAAAAGGUUCAUUCAGAACAAUUUGAACAGGCAAAAAUGUGACACUUAGAAAAGCAGAGGUGAGAGAACAGAGUCAUUAGAAGAGACUCCAGAGAAAGAGAGGUUUUCUGCCUGCCUGGCGUCUCUUCACAUCGCCGUUCUUCUCUCGCUUUUUGGAGCUUUUUCUCAGCCUUUUUUCCGUUUGUAGCUGUAUGAUUGUAGCAAAAGCUGAAUAAACUCUAAAUGUGAACUUUUCAGGUGAUCCCAGCGAUCGUUGGCGAUUUGCCAGUGAGACUACCUGAUUAUAACAACGGAACUUACCCGCCACCUUACUCUUUUGUAUAACUUUUUAUCGAGAAAUUAUUAUUAAUGAUUUUUUGAGCUUCUCAUGAUGUUAUAUUGAUCCCAAAAAAUUUUCAAAAAAAAUAUUUUAUUGUUUUUUUCCGAGCUUUCAUUCUAACUUUUCGAAUUUUCGAAAUUUUUCGAUUUUUUGUGGAAUUUGAACUAACCCGUCCUCAAGAAUGACAAUAAAGAAUCGGAUAUUGCAAGUUUUAGAACAGAAAAAUCUUGUACCCGACCGAAAACGACUUUCGCCUCGAGGUUCUCUUGUACACGACCUUUUGCCUCGAGGUAAUGUCCAUUCCAAGUGCGACCAUUUCAAGCUGAAACAAGCGAAGAAAGUGUUCGCAUUAUAAAGAAAAAAGUCGAGAACUUCAAUUUCUGUGAUUUGUUCUCUGUUUGACCUUGGAGCAACUGUGUUGUUUACUUUUUCCCGCCGAGUGAGAUCAUUUUUAGUCUCGGAACUCUUGUUUCUCUUCUUUUUCUCUUCGUUCUCAACUUGUCGUUUCAUGACUUUCAUGGGGUUUUCGACAAGAAAACGCCGGAAAGCUUGAAAUUACUAGAUUUUUCUUUCAUAGUCGGAAGGACCCUUUGAGCGUCCUUUAUGGAUCAAAAGGUAUCCAUUAAUUGUUCCUAAACGGAUGGCAACGGUUUCCUUUUGACUGCCUUUUUCCGACCUUUCAUCGGCCUUUUUCCACUCUUUUUGGACCCUUUUUGGACCCUUUUUGGGCCCUUUUUCGAACCUUUUUUGGACCUUUUUGGACCCUUUUUGGAUCCUUUUUGAACCCUUUUUAGACCAUUUUUGGACCCUUUGUGAACGCUUUUUAGACCCUUUUUUUGGACCCUUUUUGAGAACCACAAAAAUUUUUUUAAAUUGAGAAAAAAAUUUUUUUAUGUGACUGUGUAUGAACCAAAAUGUGCUACAGUAAUAAAAUCGGGAGCGGUCAAUGGCCUAGACUUUCAGCACCCUUUUGGCAACCUUUUUGCACCCUUUUUUCGACCUGUUUGCAACCUUUUUUCACCCUUUUGUCUUCCUUUUUUCGUCCUUUUGGCAACCUUUUUUCACCCUUUUUUCACCCUGUCUGCACCUUUUUUGAGGCUUCUUAACCCACCAAGAAAAAAAGGCUCCAUAAAGGCCGCAAAACGGAACCCUUUUAGCGCCCAUUUUGCACCCGCUUUCCUCACUUCCGACAGUGUUUUUUUCUAACUUCACCUUAAAUUUUAGGGGCGUUUUUUUUUUGUCAGAAUGCUUAAAAGUCCAUAUUUCUGCCCGUUUUCUCUUUUUUUUUUAAGCCAUCUUUUUCAAAAAUUGAACGUCUUUCCGCCAUUCCCGUUGUCUUUUCGACCAGGAAAUGACUUCAAAAGCCUGUUCUUUUUUUAUUUUUCCAAUCUUCCUCCGGUUUUUCUAUUUACCUAUGGAUAUACUACCAUUUCAGGAAUAUAUUCAGAUGCUUGGGCACCUCGGAAUCUUGGCCAUUUUCUCCCAAGUCCCAACCGCAUUCUCUCAACCCUCGGUCCGAUUAAAUCUGCCCCAAGGCGAAAUUGUCGGCUUCCACGUGGAUUACGGUAGCGACACGAGCCAAUUAUAUUACGGUCAAGGCGACGUUUUCCUCGGGAUACCGUAUGUCCAGCCGCCGGUCGGGAAUCUGAGGUUCCAGGUUCGUUGGGUGGAUUCGAAUGAGAAUAGGUUCAGAUUUCAGAAACCAAGGCCUUUGGAGAAAUUCCCGGGGAACUCACCUUACAAUGCUACUUAUUACAGGUGUUUCUGGACUUUUCUUAAUUUUUCAUCAGAAUUUUCAGACCUGCUUGCCCCCAAUCGCAAAUCCUGGGAGCUUUGGAAGUUUCGGAGGACUGUCUCCAGUUGAACGUCUUCACGCCGUCGGUCAACACCAGGUCGAGUUAUCCGGUGAUGGUGUGGAUCCAUGGCGGCUCUCUAGUCUUCGGCAACGCAUCCUGGACUCAUUAUUCAGUUUUUCAGAGGAUUACUAAUCGAUAAAUGAUUGAUUUAAGGGAGCGAUUCGGAACCUUGUGUCCCAUGGGGUUGUCGUCGUGACGAUCCAAUAUCGACUGGGGGUUUUGGGAUUUUUCACGACCCAUUCGCCGGAUUUUCCUCCCAAUUUGGGCAUGCUUGACCAGGUUUUUAUGAUUAAAUGUGUGAGAACACAAAAAAAAGGCUUUGAUUUUAUCAAAUCAAAGAACUUAGGAUUUCCCUCUAGUGGUCCCUAUAGGGGUUAGAAGUGAAAAGGGGCCUAAUAAGUGGUCCCUUUAAGGGUAAUUCUGAAGAUCACCCUAUGGGAAUUCAAAGUCUGACCCCUCACCCCCCUCCCCCUCUUUUAAGCUCAAUUGGACCCUAUAGGGGCCUAAUAAAUGGUCUCUUUAAAGGCAUAGGGGCAGUAAAAAACGGUGUUUCAGUUCAAAGCAGUAUUUUGUAGAGCUUUUCAUUGCGAAUCGAACGGUAAACUUGGGAACGUACCGAACUUCCUAGUUUUGAAGAAAAAAUAAUUCAAAAUCGGAGGGAGGAAAGUUUGAGUUCCCGCGGAAAGGGCGCUUUGCAGUAAAGUUGCUCUAUGGACAACAGGCUUCGCCACUUUUCGCAUUUUCGCUUUUUUCUUGGUUUCUUUCAAAAUUAAUUUUUUUCUGUUGUCACCAAAGUUCUUUUCGUCACAAAAGCUUUUUAUUCAUGUAUAAUUUGCAAACUUUGAUCGCAAAAAUGCUUCUUUGGUGAAAAAUGAUGAUUUCACGCAGGUUCCUAUGGGGAUAGCGAUAUUUUGUGUUUUUUUUUUAUCGGUGUGUGUUUUUUGUUUUCUUGAUCGAUUUUUCAGAGAAAAAAUCCUUGAUUUGAAGCAGAUAUCCAGUUAUUUCUCACAAAAAGCGAGUCUAAUGAGACGUCCGCAACAUCGCGUGCACGGCUACUGUAAACAUUUGUCCGUAGGCCGAUCCAAAGCUUUUUUCAAAAUUAAAGGCGGGAAAGUAAAAUCGCGUCUUUCUUCUAAAGCUGUCACAUCUGUAAUUUCUUUGAGUACACCAUUCGAUUCGCAAAGAAAAACUGUAUAAGAUACUGCUUUCACCUGAAACCCCAUUUUUUACUGCCCCUAUGCCUUUAAGGGUUACUCGCAAGUUCACCCUACAGGAAUUCAGGGUCUGAAAAAAGCUUAUUUGUUCAUUUUCCCACAGGAAUACUUCUUCGCUGCGAGUUCAUGACAAUUAUUGACUAAAAUGUUCUCUAAAGGGGCCACUAACCUUAACCCCUUUAGGGACCGCUUUCUUAAACUUUAGUGGCUUUAACUUUAAACUUUAGUAUUCCGAAAUAUCAAAAAAAUUACACCAAGAUGCGGAUAUUUAUGAUAAUUGGAAAAAAGUAAAGCAAAGUUCUCACUUUUUUUGGAAUUAAAAUAUUAUCUUUCGGGCACACUUUCCGUUACUUUAUUGCACGUUUUUGCUGAUUUUUUGUGGUUUUCUAGAGGGAAAAGGUCAUUUUCAGGGAUAUUGAUAUGUAGAGAUAUUAUGGAAGACCACAAAAUAAUUCAAAAAAAUUAAAUUUAUAAAAAAAGUUCGAAAUUCUUAUCGUGAAAGUUGUUUCAGAAUUUUCCGAACAAACUGUUCCAUUUUGAAAAAUUAUAGGGAUCUAGAAUUAUUAUAGAGAUAGCGAAAAGUUUGUAGAUAAAAAAAUUUGAGCCCCCAAAAGAAAAAGCGAGAGAUCAUGUGGCUUGAAAAGACGUUAGAGAAAGAGAUUGUCUUUUUCUCUGGCGUCUCUUCAUGUUUUCGUUGAUUUUUCUCUUAUAAACUACGUUUUCUUUUCAGGUUUAACGUUGAAAAAACAUUUUCAACAAAUGCUUUUUUCCAGGUAGAAGCUCUGCGUUGGGUGAAAAGUAAUAUAGCCCAUUUUGGCGGGAAUCCGAACCAAGUGACCAUUUUUGGACAAAGUGCCGGUUCCUGUUCCGUUUCGGCCCAUACUUACUCGCCUUUGAGUCGGAGUUGGUCUUUUUUUUCGACUUCUAGAAAAAUUGUUCCGUUAUUCAUGAUUUUAUGAAGCUUCUCGGCUUGAAAUUCGUCUCAAAACUCCAAAUUAAACGGAAAUUUUUAGGUCUUUUCGAAUUUUUCCUAAUGCAUUCUUCAUUCAAGGCUCUCAGCCCAAAAUUUGCUCUGAAUCAUAAAUUUUAUUAUGAAAAUUGUAGAAGAGCUGUUUUUUAUGCUUUCAUGGAGUUUUUUGGCUCAAAAAACCGCCUUAAAAAUUAUUUUUAUAUCCAACUUUUUUUUUUUCGAUUUACCGUUCCUAGGGCUUCUAUCAAGCUUCUCAGUUCAUAAUCCACCCCCAAACUUGAAUUUUUCCAGACCUUUUCCAAGCGGCAAUCAUGGAAUCCGGCACGGCGUUGACUUGUUUCGAAGGCGCUUUAUCUGAUUCUAAUCAGUCUUUUCGAAGAGCUCAAGCUGUGAGGAAUUUGAAUAUUAUCCUGAAAAGAAGGAUAAUUCUAGUUCUGCAAUACGACACUGGAAGAUUGGAAUAACGCCAAUUUCGGGCCAUUGAAAGCGUGUUUGAUGGCGAUGGACCACCGGAUGAUGAGUCUCUUGGAUUUGGUAAAUUUCAAUCAUUUUUAAAAAAACGGGUACUUUCACGAAGGCUUGAUAAGUGAGAUAUCAGCUCCAUUUUUAAUAUUUAUUUAGCCGCUUAACUUUCAAAUAUUCUAAAAAUAUGUUGGGUUUGAAAAUUUGAACAAUAAUCGAUCUACAGAUUUGGAACGUCUUGGGAAUUUACACCUUGAAGUAGAAUGGAAAACAUUUGUUUUUUGCUUUGAAACGCCUCGUCAUCCGUUUUUUAAGGGCUCAAAUUUAUAACCCAGGCUAAAACUUGGAAAAAAUGAUAGAGAAAAAAGGAAGCGAUCAAUUUAUCUCAUCACUUAUCACAUUACGGGAAACGCAAAAAUUCAAAAAAUAAAAAUAAUGAAAAUAGUCCGUUCGCCGAGACUUGACAGUUUUCACGUAUCUGUGUCUCUCUGUUCCCUCACCGGCAAGGUCAGAGAAACAUGAAAACAGCACGUAAACAUGAGAGAGACGUCGAGAGAUAAGGAGGGCGCAGAGAAGUCCCGCCCUUUCAAUUCGCGAUAAACGGACUAUAAAUCGGUAGUUUUUGAACACCCCAAAAGCUUGGUUUUAACAAUUUUUUUCCCGGAAAGUAAAUUUUUCGCGCCGUCUUUAGUAUACCGUUAGAAUCACACGGUAAACCUCGUCCACAGUAUGUUUGGUUCACGACUUGUUUGAGCCACCGAAAAAAAGGGUCCUGACACGAUUAGAAAAGAGACAGUGCCUGGUUGGUGUAGAGCACAGACAGGCCACGCCCCUUAGAGUUCCAAGCUAGUCGUGAAUUUACUACAUCUUCUCAAAAGAAAAUGCGACGCCACGCCCACUUUUUCUCCGUAAAGUGUCGUGUGUCGUGUGCAUGCACUGCGCCGCUUUCGCGCAGAAAUGCGUUUUUCGAUUCGUCUCAAAGACCUUUGGCAAUACGGCGGCCUGCGCCUUUAAUAUGACGUGUUAGAGCCGAAAUCUCAUCCCAUGACGUCACGUGGGAAGGGCGGAUUUUUGGGCUCCGCCCACCGUUUUUUUGGUUUCGCACGUACAAAAACGCCGUUUGUUUCACACCUAAUUCUUCUCUCGAUUUCCAGGGUUUCCAAGAACUCGGCUGGAAAAUGGUCCAAGACGAUUAUUUCAUGCCCGGCGUUCCGUUGGACCUGGCCAGGGACCGCAAAAAUAUCCCCAUCAUGAUUGGGAACGUCGCCAAUGAGUACAGUUCUUUUGGUAAGAGAUUUACAAAAAAUCAAUCAAAAAUAGUUUUUUAGACCUCACGUUUUUGGCCCAAGGUAUUACAACUAUUGAAAAUUACACUCGUCAGCAUUUUGAAGAAAUCGUACAGGGUUUCACGUCACUCGGAAGCCGUUUACCGGAAGUGACGUGGGUGGAACUUGGAGCGUCGUAGCAUUAAAUCCAACUUUGCAGGAAGAUUUUGGAGAAAGCCUAUGUGCCCCCUGGAACAACGGAUGAUGAUCAUUACGCUUGGAUUCAGAUCAAUGAUAAGGUGAGAAGUGUUCGAGAGGUUUGAAGAGACGCCAGAGAAAGAGAGGAUCUCUGACCGUCUGGCGUCUCUUCAAGCCGCUUUUCUCUCACAGUUUUGUAGUAGUUUGAACGGGUAAAAGGCGAGAGAUCAACUUUCCCUGAAGAGAGCCCAGAGAAAGAGAGGUUAUCUGCUUGUCUGCGUCUCCUCAAGCCGCUUUUCUCUCACUUGAUGCUUUCUCUCACAGUUUCGUAGUAGUUUGAACAGGUAAAAAGCGAGAGAUCAACUUUCCCUGAAGAGACGCCAGAGAAAGAGAGAAUCUCUGCGUGUCUGGCGUCUCUUCAAGCCCUUUUUCUCUCACUUGAUGCAAAAAAGGGGAUCUGAAGAUAUUUUCAAUGCCAGAACGGUAGAUUAUCCAAGGCGAGAGAUCAACUUUCCCUGAAGAGACGCCAGAGAAAAAGAAGAUUUUGGUCUGUCUGGCGUCUCUUCAGGGCGCUGUUGUUCCCUCGCUUCAGCCCAGAUUUCCAGUUUUCUUUGUAGGUUUUUGUUUUAACUCGAAGAAAAAAGGAAUUUCAGGUCAUGACCGGAGCCGCUUUCACCGGUUUCACAGUGAGAGAAGCCGAUUGGUGGUUGGCCGGAGGGAAUAAUCAAGUCUAUCUUUACGAGUUUGCCGAUUCUGCGGAUACUGAACCGGUUUCUGGAGCUCCUGAGAUUCCUGGAUGGAAACGUGGGAUUUUAGAAGAAGCUCUGAGGGGCCCUAGGAAAAUUUUUGAAAAUUUAAAAGUCAGGGAUUUUUUUCAAAGCUUGCCAGAUGUACGGGGAGAAGUUUCUGAAAAUCUCGACUUUCAAAAUUUUGCUUAGACGAGCUCAAGUGGUCCCUAAAGUAGUUUAUCAUUUUCAGCUGUACCCCACACGGCCGAAGUCUACUACAUUUGGAUGAACGGAGAUAUUUGGAAAAAUCAAGCAAAUUUGAAAAAUUCACAAGUUGGGCUUCUGGAAUGGAUGGGCGAAACUUGGACCAAUUUCGCCAAGUUUGGGUGAGAUUUUAGGGAUUUUUUGAAGGAAGGAAUUUUCUUGAAGAAUACCGAGAUUGGACGGUUUUUGGCGCCCGGUUCCCUCCAGGGACCAACUCGACUAUUUAUUGAUCGGCAAUGGAACUUUGGACAUGAAAACCAAUUUCAGGCAUACCGAUGCGAUCAUUUUUGAUAAGGUACUGUUUUAUUGGAAUUUCCGGGAAUUUUUGAGAAGCAUUUUUCGUGAGGCGAGAGAGUAGCGGGGAUGGAGAAACAGCAGAGAAAAAUAGAUUCUCUGCUCUUCUGAUCUCUCUUCAGACUUCCGUCGUUUUCCCUAUCUCUAGCUGUUAGAGAGUCGGUCUUGAAAAGUUGACCCUCUAAAGAGCUCUAGCGAGAGAACAAGACGAUCAGAAGAGAGCCCAGAGAAAGAUACAUUUUCUGCUCGUCUGAAGUCUCUUCAGAUUUUUGUUGUUCUCUCUCUCUAGCUGUCAGGAAGUCGAUUUGACGAGACUCUGAAAAGCAGUAUCGAGAGAACAAGGCUUUCAGAAGAGACGCCAGAGAAAGAUACAUUUUCUGCUUGUCUGGCGUCUCUUCAGACUUCCGUUGUUCUCUUUAUCUCUAGCUCUUAGAGAAUCGAUUAGACGAGACUCUGAAAAGCAGUAGCGAGAGAACAAGGUUUUAGGAGAGACCCCAGAGAAAGAUAGAUUUUCUGCCCGUCUGACGUAUCUUCAGGAUGCCACUGUUCUCUCGCCUCUCGUCUCACUUUAUCGGGAAAAAUUGACCUUUACAGGUGAUUCCAGCGCUUGUUGGCGAUCUGCCAGUGAGGAUGGUCGAUUUUAACAAUGGGACUUUUGAGUUUUUUUAAUUUCCUGUUUAAUUUGUACAUACAUCCCUUUAAUUUUCUCUAAUAGCACCCAUUUGUUAUCGGAAAAACGCCUUUCUUGCUUCAUUUUCAACUGUUUUUCUCUAUUUUCAUGUCUAAUAUUGAUUUUUAGUGACUAAUAGGUAGCCUUAACUAUAAACUACGUAAUAUUAACAAACGUCUCUUAAAAAUAUUUGGCCUUUUUCAAAAUUUGUUUGCCCUUGGAGCAGCUUUUUCCCGUCAUUUUUGCGGCCUCUCGGAACGUCUAGCAGUUUAGUUUUUUUGUACUCAAUUUGCACUCGAAAGAUCGUCCCUUUCCCUUGAACUUUGUACAUUUUUUUGAAUGAACUAUUUUUUUGAAUAUGAUUUUUUUUAAAUGUCAAUGGUUCAUGCCUCAUUAAUUAUUUUAUUUUUUUCAAUUUUUUUCAGGGCUUUUUGGUGACUUGGUCGCAUUUGGAAUGGCUAUGCGGUUAAAAUGAAACAUUGCGGAAGUCGUUUUGGGGUCUGGCGCAGUUUCUGUGAAGCCUCGAGCCAUUCCAAGUGCGACCAGAGUUUUUUUUCCUUUUUCGUUGAUUUUUUUUUAUUUGAAAACUUAUCGAAUUCUGUUUUUCUUUGUCGUGUUUCGGGGGGAAUAUUUUUUUAAAGGUUCAUUUUUUGAUUUAUUGGAAGUUCGCAGCAGUAAAGUCAGAUUAAAUAAACUUUUCGGGAAACCUGAAAUUUUUGAUAACCGUGCCCCAGUUGCACUAUGGCUCCACGCACUUUUUUUGUCGUUUUUUUCCUAAAUUUGUUUAGAAUCAAUAUUUGGUGACUUACUGACAAAAAAAGCCGCACUUUCUAUAUUUUUCCAAUCUUCUACCAGUUUUUCUGUUUUACCUUUUUAUAUACUACCAUUUCAGGAAUAUAUUCAGAUGCUUGGGCACCUCGGAAUCUUGGCCAUUUUCUUCCGAGUCCCAACCGCAUUCUCCCAAGCACCGGUCCGAUUAAAUCUGCCCCAAGGCGAAAUUGUCGGCUUCCACGUGGAUUACGGUAGCGACACGAGCCAAUUAUAUUACGGUCAAGGCGACGUUUUCCUCGGAAUACCGUAUGUCCAGCCGCCGGUUGGGAUUCUGAGGUUCCAGGUUUGUUGGCUGGACUUUGAACGGGAAUAUGUUCAGAUUUCAGAAACCAAGGCCUUUGGAGAAAUUCCCGGGUAGCUCACCUUACAAUGCUACUUAUUACAGGUGUUUCAGAGGUUUUUCUAAUUUUUUAUAAGAAUUUUAAGGCCAGCAUGCCCUCAAUCGGACUUCACUGGCAGUAUGAAGAUCUCUGAGGACUGCCUCCAGUUGAACGUCUUCACACCGUCGGUCAACACCAGACUGAGCUACCCAGUCAUGGUUUGGAUCCACGGCGGCGCCUUGUUAUCGGGAAGCGCCGAGGAGUAUAAUUAUAAGGUCUUGAAGCGAUUUUCGAAGAAAAUAUACGAUUUUUGACCUCAGGGAGCUGUUCGGAACCUUGUUUCCCGUGGAGUCGUAGUCGUAACGAUCCAAUAUCGGCUAGGGAUGUUGGGAUUUUUCACGACCCAUUCGCCGGAUUUUUCUCCGAAUUUGGGCAUGCUUGACCAGGUCGGUUCUCUCGAUCCUGGAUUUGUGAAAAAAGGGGGGUUUUUUUCAAAUGAAAGGUAUAGAAGUCCCAAAUAUGGUAAAGAGGAACGAGAAAAAGCAAUUGACGGCUUCAAAGGGAGAGAUCAGAUGAUUUGAAGAGAAGUUAGAGAAAGAGGGAAUUUCUGUUUCUCUGGCGUCUCUCCUGGAAUUCAAUCUCUAGCUCAGAAGAAAUUUAGUAGCGAAUAUAGUCCGUUUUUCGCGACUUCUCUGCGCCCUCCUCGUCUCUCGACGUCUCUCUCAUGUUUACGUGCUAUUUCCAUGUUUCUCUGACCUCGCCGGUGAGAGGACAGAGAGACGCAGACACGCGAAAAAUGUCAAGUCGCGGCGAACGAACUAUAGCUUUUUUUUAGAUUUAAGAUUCAAAAAAAAAUUUCAAGAAAUAUUUUUUUCCAGGUAGAAGCUCUGCGUUGGGUGAAAAAUAAUAUAGCCCAUUUUGGCGGGAAUCCGAACCAAGUGACCAUUUUUGGACAAAGUGCCGGUUCCUGUUCCGUUUCGGCCCAUACUUACUCGCCUUUGAGCCGGAGUUGGUCUUUUUUUCGGUUUUUAGGAAAGAUUUUCCGUUAUUCAUGAUUUUAUCAAGCUCCUUGGAUUGAAAGUUGCCUCAAAACUCCAAAUUAAUCGGAAAUUUUAGGCCUUUCCGAAUUUUUCCUAAUGUAUUCUUCAUUCAAGGUUCUCAGCCCAUAAUUUGCUCUGAAUCCUUAAUUUUCUUAUAAAAGUUGUAGAAGAGCCUUUUUUAUGCUUUCAUGGAGUUUCUUGGGUCAAAAAAGCGCCUCAAAAAUUAAAUUUUGAAACUUUGAUUUUUUCCGAUUUUCUUCUAUCAAGCUUUUUACAAGAGAGGUAAUUUAGCUUGGCGGUUGGGAUUUAUAUGGAAAUUGACCAGGAUGCUCCAUGAUGUACCAGAAGAAGAUUCUGAAAGUCUCAACCUGCACAACUUCCUAGUUUUUGAGAAAGGACGGCUCGAAAUCCAAUAAAUAAGCCCUUUUCCGGGCUUUAGACCCUUAUUUCUCGGGAACUAGGAAGUUUUGCAGGUUGAGACUUUCAGGGUCUUAUUCUGGUACAUUCAGGCCAAUUUUCAAGAAAUUCCCAACCAAAAAGUAAAAUGACCUCCCUCUUUUCAGACCUUUUCCAAGCGGCAAUCAUGGAAUCCGGCACGGUUCUGAUUUGUUUCGAAGGCGCCUUAUCUUUUUCGAGCCACUCUUAUCGGAGAGCUCAGGCUGUUUGGAGCCUAAAAAAUAAUUUGAAAUCGAAAAAAGUGUUCAGUUAUGCGGCACAACGGCUCAAGAUUGGACGACGAAUCGAUUCGAGCCCCUCAAAGCUUGUCUGAUGGGAAUGGACUACCGACAAAUGGUGGCUUUGGACAUGGUGAGUAUUGUAUAGUGCGAUAUAUAGAACUUUUUAGUUACUAAACUAUUUACUUUAUACGAAAGUUAAAACAAAGACAAAAACUUUAAGGCCCGAGAAAGUGGUCCUGGGGGAGAAUCAAUGUGCUCUUUAUAGGGGUGGUCCUGUUUUGGAGGGAUCCCUAGAGAGGUUAGCGGGAAAAAGACCCCUAUAAGGGCCGAAAAAAUGGUCCCUACAUGAGUUCAGAGUCUGACCCCUCAGUCCCUAAAGCUUUAGUGGUCCCUAUAGGAAUUUAACUCUAAGCUUUUUUUUUAGCAGCUCAUCAAGUCUGAAAAAUAGUCGAUUUUCGUUUAUUUUUUCGGAUUGCAGUGUCAAAUUUGGACUUUUCAUUUGUAUAAUCAUUGUCGGAAAACUAUGAAUCAGAAAAUGAUCUAACGAGACGAAAAGAAGCUUUUUGAACUUUCUUUGAGAUUUUUUUCAGAAAAAGGCUCCAGAGAAAUUUCCCUUCUAGGGUGACAAAGGAUCCCUUUUUGCUAGAAUGUUCAGAAUGGCAUAUACAUUUUUUUCAGGACAUCCAAGAAAAUAUGGUUUGGAAAAUGUCACAGGAUAGCUAUUUCAUGCCCGGAGUUCCUUCGGACCUGGCCAGAGGUCGGCCAAAUAUCCCCAUCAUGAUUGGAAACGUCGCCAAUGAGUAUAGCUUCAAUGGUUUGGAAACACAAAACUUUUUUUCAUUCGGGUUUGGAUUUUUUCAGACCUUCUUCUGUUGAAAUUACGGAUCACCACCCUACAAAACUAUACCCGGCAGCAUUUCGAAGAACUGGCGCAGGGCUUCUCGGCGAUGAGCAGUCAUCUGCCGGAGAUCAUGUGAGCGGAUUCUGGAGCUUCGUAACUUGAAAAAUUCAGAAAAAUUAUGGAGAAGACUUAUGUGCCCCCUGGAACAACGGAUGACGAUCAUUCCGCUUGGAUUCAAAUCAAUGAUAAGGUGAGAAGUGUGCGAGAGGAAUAAAGAGACGCCAGAGAAAGAGAGACUCUCUGACUGUCUGGAACCUCUUCAAGCCGCUUUACUGUCCCUUUAUGAAAAAAAAAAAGUGAUCUGAAGACGGUUUCGAAGCGCUAUGAAAAAGCGAGAGAUCCACAUUUCCUGAAGAGGCGCCAGAGAAAGAGAGGCUCUCUGACUGUCUGGCGUCUCUUGGAGCCGUUUUUCUCUCACUUGAAGCAAAAAAUGCGAUCUGAAAACGGUUUCGAAGAACUUUGAGUAGAGAAAGCAAGAGAUUAGGAUUUUUCGAAGAGACGCCAGAGAAAGAGAGGUUCUCUGACUGUCUGGCGUCUCUUCAAGCCGCCGUUGUUCUCUCGCUUCAGCCUAUUCUGGACCAGAUUUUCAGUUUUUUUAUAGGCGAGUAAAGAUUUGAAGUUCAAAAAUGAAGCAGCACCCGCAAUUUUGUUUUCUGAAUAGUUUUUUGGCUUUUUUUUUCCAAAAAUAAUGAGGAAUUUUUUUUAGCGUUAUGGGAUUUUGAUACGGGGGACUGAAAACUUUAAAAAAUCAUAAAUCCUUCAUCCAAUCAUAAGCCUACAUCAUAGAGAAUUUAUAUUAUUGUCUCUUGAAGGUUUUUAAGUACCCUAGAGGCAUCACUUGGCGUAUUUUAUGAGUAGGGCGCACUUUUGAAUGAUUUUUCGGCGCCUAUGUAUGAAAAUUAUUGAUUAUUUUUGAUUUUCUGAGAUCUCAGGCCUUCUCCGGAUUAUCUUUCACCGGUUUCACGGCCCGAGAAGUCGAUUGGUUGCUGGCCGGAGGGAAUAAUCAAGUCUAUCUCUACGAAUUUGCCGAUUCUCAAGACGCCAGUGACACUCCCGCCACUUUUGGAGCCCCUGCAAUCCCUGGAUGGACGCGUAAAAACUCAAAAAACGCCUUUCAAGCUAAUUUUUUUGAGUUUUAGCUGUACCCCACACGGCUGAAAUCUCCUACAUUUGGAUGAACGGGGAUAUUUGGAAAAAUCAAGCAAAUUUGAAAAAUUCCCAAGUUGAGCUUUUGGACUGGAUGGGCGAAACUUGGACCAGUUUCGCCAAGUUUGGGUGAGAUUGGAGGGAUUUUUUGAAGGAAGGAAUUUUCUUGAAGAAUACCGAGAUUGGACGGUUUUUGGCGUCCGGUUCCCUCCAGGGACCAACUCGACUAUUUAUUGAUCGGCAAUGGAACACUGGACAUGAAACCCAAUUUUCGACAAACUGACGAUAUUAUCUUCAACAAGGUUUGUUGGUGCUACGGCAAGAGCCGGUUUUCCAUAUGCGGGGAGUACUGUAUGCGCUUUGCGUGCAUACACUUUGCGUGUUUACACUUUCGUUGCGUUACGUCACCGGAUAGGACAUCUCCGCUUUUUUUUUUUCGAAUUUUUUCAAUUUUUUCAAGAUUCGCAUUUUUCUCGAGGAUAUUUGCACGAUGAAAAACAGUAUCAAGAGAAAAAAAGUUCAAAAAAAUUCGAAAAAAAACCCCGGGAUGUCCUACCCGGUGACGUCACGCAACGAAAGUGUAAACACGCAAAGUGUAUGCACACGAUGCGCAUAUCCGCAUACAGUACUCCUCGCAAAUGGAAAAAUCGCUCUUGUCGUAGUUUCUUGGAUCUAAACCUGGGAACAGAAAAAAUGGUAAUAUUCAGGUGAUACCAGCAAUUGUGGGUGAUUUACCAGUGAGGCUACCGGAUUUUAAUAAUGGAACUUUUCCGCCACCUUAUUCUUUUGUUUGA